AUGUCCGUCGAUUCGAUACAACAAGAAAAACACACUAAUUAUAUUCCUCCUCCACCAACUUCAUCUGUUGCUGUUCUUUCUCGAACCUUUUCUGUAAAAUCUCUUCAAUCCUUUUUAAAGAAGGAAGGUAAAGCAAUUGAAGAUGAAACUAGCAAGGAUGUUGAUAAAUUAACGGAAUUGAAGAAGAAUUUAGUUUUGGAGGCCAAACAAAAUUGGGUUAUUGAACAACAAGUAGAAAUUCUCGGAAACAAGAUUAGAUUACUCAUCAAGAACCAUGUUCAAGCAGAAGAUAUGAAAAAGCUUUUGGAUUCAUCAUUUGAGAAAGUCAAAAUGAAAACUAGAGAUGAUGCUCAGGGUUUCAGAGAUGAAGCUAUAGCAAUUUAUCAAAAGAUAUUCUACAUCUUUAGAAAGGAUCCUAAAUACCUUGCCAUAUUGACAAGAUUAAUUCGUGGUAAAGAAGUUGAUACGUUUUUACAAACUGUAGUAUUUACAUUAUUUGGAGAUCAAUUUGAUGAGAGAGAAGAACAUUUACUCUUAAUGCUUUUUGAAAGAGUUUUAGCUAAGGAGUAUCAAACAUGUUCAUAUAUUGGUGAAUUCAUGAGAUCUAAUACAGCAUUUACUAAGAUGUUGGGAACUAUGCUUCGUCGUACAAUGUAUCAUAAAUUCCUAUUGAAAGUUCUUAAGGAGCCAAUAGAACAAGUAAUUAACGACAAGACCUUAAAUAUGGAAAUUAAUUCUCACAAAAUUUAUCAACAACUAGUUCAAAAGGCCUUACAAGAGGGAAAGAGUUGGGAUGGCCCAAUGAAUGCAACAGAAGAGGAAGCAGAAAAUGAUGAAAGGGUUAUUGAAAUUAUCAAACCUCGCGUACAAAAAAUCAUUGAAUCUGUUGAACAAUUUUUGGUAAGAAUUUUCCAAUCAGUAGAUGAAACACCAUACGGUGUUAGAUUUAUGUGUAAGAGAAUUCUUCAAUACGGUAAAGAAACCUAUAAUAAUGCUACAGAAACGGAAAUUUAUUCACUUUGUGGUGGCUUAAUAUUUUUGAGAUGGGUGAAUCCAGCCAUUACCACUUGUGAUAGUGAUCAAUCGAAUAUCAUUCAAGAGAAAUUAACUACCAAUCAAAGAAAGAGUCUUACCAUGAUUUGUAAAGUAAUUCAAAAUUUGAGUAAUGGUAUUCCAUUUGGUGCUAAAGAAAAAUAUAUGAUUCCUCUCAAUGUAAUUAUAGAAAAGUACACAAAACAAAUGCACGAAUACAUGAAGAGAAUGUGCGAUAUUGAUGAAAUUGCUGAAAAGUUAGAGUUGGCAGAAAUUUUCGAACUUUCUGGAGAUGUGGGAGCAGUUAACAUUUCAUAUAACGAAGUUGCCCUCAUUCACAGACUUUGCUUUGAAAAUAUUGAUACUAUAACUUCGCCAAUGUAUAAUAGUGAAAAGAAAGAAAUAACUACACCAGCAAACACUGGUGGUGCUCGAUUGACUAUUGAAUCUUCAUCUGAAUCAGCUCAACCAUCUAAAACAGAAUUUGAUGAAUUGUUGUACAAGUUUAUUCAACAAUUGAACAAGUUUGGGCCUCCCCCAGAAGCUCUCUCGCCCAAGAAUAACUAUUAUUUCAAUUUAAAGUUGAAAAAUCCAACUCAAAUUAUAGAGUUAAAUGACAGUCUAGCAAAUAAUUCAACUCUGAAAAAGAAUGUCAAAGAUCUUAUUAGUACUGUUUUAAGAGACUUGCCUUCUCUUCCAAAGGAUGACAUUACCUAUAGUAUUUCAGAUGUUUUAUUAGCAGGUGAAACAUUAUGUAAUGAAAGACAAAACUCAGAAUUUGCUAAGAGAAUUGGAGUAGCUAUCGAUCAACUCAAACUUUUACAAGACCAAAUAACUGAAGAAGAACAGAAAGAAUUUGAUACCAUGUUAGUCAAGGAAAUAUUUGAAGAAUUGGAAACAAAAAAGCUCAUGAGAAAAACACUUAAAAAGAAGAUUGAAGUCCUUACAUCAGUAUUAAGUGAUAUCAACGAAAAGAGGGAGUAUCUCAAAACCCAACUAGACAUGUAUAAUACCUAUUUUACUAAUACACUUUCCAAGACAUUCAAACCAACCGAUUCAUCCGAUAAAGGAUCAGUUGGACCUUUUACUUUCAAAUUCAGUGACUUGGAAAAGAAGGGUGUUAUUGCUAACACCACACUAUCAAGUACCCUUAAAAAGAUGGUAAAAAUUCAGAUUUCAUCAACUAAACCUGGUAUAUUUGUAGUUGUAGUGAAUGCAACAGGAAUUGUUGCAAUCAAAUCAGAAUUGGAUUUGAAUGAACUCUUGGAAAAACAAGCUAACGAAGAAAAUAAUCUUGAUUUUGAUAGUGUAACAUUAAGCGUUCCAAUGUUAAUCCACUUAUUGAACAAGUUGUUUGUAUUGGGAGAUCAUACGAAAAAAGGAUCUAAAUCUAUGAAGAGAAGAACAGAAUCCGUCGCUACUUCAACUACCUCUCUUAAUUAA